GGCGGCGGUGUUUCCGAAAGAAGCACUUCCGACCAAGUCCGGGUACCUCCCCAUCCCGCCCGUCAACGCCUCUCUCUUCUUCGCCUUCUACGAGGCCACGGAUCCAGUCACGCCGCCGGCCUCCACGCCGCUCCUCCUCUGGCUGCAGGGCGGGCCGGGGUGCUCCAGCCUCCUGGGCAACUUCUUCGAGCUCGGCCCCUACUUCGUGAACCCCGACGGCGAGACCCUCUCGCGCAACCCCUUCGCGUGGAACCGCCGCUUCGGACUCCUCUUCAUCGACAGCCCGCUCGGCACAGGCUUCAGCGCGGCGCCGUCCCCGGCCGACAUCCCCACCAACCAGUCCGUCAUCGCCGCGCACAUCCUCGCCGCGCUGCAGUCCUUCUACGCCCUGGACCCAGCCCUCCGCGCGCGGCCCUUCUUCCUGACGGGCGAGAGCUACGCGGGCAAGUACAUCCCCGCGGCGGGGGCGCACAUCCUGGACGCGAACCGGGCGCUGCCGGAGGCGCUGCGCGUGAACCUCCGCGGCGUGGCCAUCGGCAACGGGCUCACGCACCCGGUGGCGCAGGUGGCCACGCACGCGGACUCGGCCUACUUCCUGGGCCUCCUCAACGCGCGGCAGAAGCGGGAGCUGGAGGCGCUGCAGUCGGAGGCGGUGUCGCUGACACGGGCCCAGCGGUGGGCCGCGGCGUCGGACGCGCGGGGGCGGGUGCUGUCGUGGCUGCAGAACACGACGGGGCUGGCCACGCUGUACGACUACGCGAAGCAGCGGGACUACGCGACGGCCGCCGUGGGGGCGUUCCUGAACCGCGCCGAGGCCAAGGCGGCGCUGGGCGCGCGCGAGGACGUGGCGUGGGAGGAGUGCAGCGACGCGGUGGGCGUGGCGAUGCACGCGGACGUGAUGCGCAACGUGCUGCCGCAGGUGGAGUCGCUGCUGCGGAGCACGGCCCGCGUGCUGCUGUACCAGGGCGUCCGCGACCUCCGGGACGGCGUCGUGUCCACCGAGGCGUGGCUGGGCGGGGUGCGCUGGGACGGCCUGCGCGCGUUCCUGGACGCGGAGCGCGCCGUGUGGCGGACGGCCGCGGAGGGCGGGGAGCUCGCGGGCUACGUGCAGCGGUCGGGCUCGCUGACGCACGUGGUGGUGUACGCCGCGGGGCACCUAGUGCCGGCGGACAACGGGCGCGCGGCGCAGGAGAUGAUCGAGGGAUGGGUGCUGGGGACAGGGAUGUUCGGCCGCGGUUGUGGUGAUCGCGUCCGCGACGGCGUCAGGAGCGCCGCCACAUGAUGGCUGCCCGAGCACCCCGACAGCACGGGCGGAAUGUGUCCCAGCUAUCUUACUGCGCGAUAUGGAUUCUUGUUGCUCGGAUUUGAAUGGGUUCGAUUCGAUUCUAUGUUUACCGAGUGAUGAAACAGAUCGGAAUGCAAAAAAAACAGAGAUACUUUUAACUGUU